ACCCUGCAAACGGUUCUCGCCCAUAUAGAAGUGAGUCGCCAAGGAGUCGACAGUUUCAGACUCAGGACAGACCGUUUUUCUUCUCAAGAAAUCUUAGAACAUCGACUCGAAGAGAACAUUCAUUGUUCAUCAUGAAAUUCCUCAUAAUUUUACUCGUAAUAUCUCCCAUUUACGUCAUUGGCGAUGUACUCGGUGAUCUGUUAGGAGAAGAAUUGUAUCUAGUUGAUAAUAUUCGUGCGAAGAGACAGACGCAUGCACAGCAACAACAGAUAAAUUAUAGGCCUUAUUCUCAAGCGCCAGCACAGAUCAAACAAUUAUUGGCCUCUCAACAAACCCGUGACCCAUUGGUACAUAUACCAGCUCAGCCGGCACCACAAUUGUCAAACGGACCAAGACCAGAACCAGUUUAUCAGAGUCAGGCUCAAGUUGCUUCUUAUAAGCCAGAGAUUCGAUUAGGUUCGGCACCUCAGCAACCAAGUUACAAACAGAUCCCAGUAGCUCCAGCUCAAUAUAGACCACCGGCAGGUGCCGCUCAAGCUCAAGGUCGUCAAUAUACACCACAAUAUCAAAGUUCUGCACCUCGGGCUGGUUAUCAGCCGCAGGCACAGGCACAGCCGCAAUACUCGAAACAAUUGCCCUCGGAACUUCGACAAUUAUUACAAAUCCAGGCUGGAUUACCUAAUGCCAUUCCUCACGGUCGGCAAGGUUAAUUUUAUUUUUCCCUUGAAGAUUUCAUCUAUCUUCCUUUUUUUCAUGCUUUUCUUCUUCUUCUUCUUGGUCUUUCUUCUCUUUUUUUUUUUUUUUUCAAUUUUUUUUCUUUCUAUUUUUAUUCUCGCGCAUUCGUCGCCAGUUAUGCUGCGUCGAAGAAAUAAACGAUUGUAAGUUUGUUUUUUCUUUUUCUUCUUCUUCUUCUUUUUCCCUUCUUUUUUUUUCUUCUUUUCUUUUCUUUCUCUUUUUUUUUCUUUUUUUUCUUUUUUUUCUUUUUUACAUACGACAUAUCCAUGUAAUAUCUACAUCUAAUUCAGGAGUUUUGAAUUAAGAUUUAAGGGAAGUUAGAUUUCGUAAUUAUCAUCAGUUCAUGGUCAUAUAAUAUCAUCGUCAUUAAAACUAAAACGAAGUUGAUACUUUA